UGCAAUUUAUUUUCUUUUUGGAACAAACUGUUGCGAGCUUUUGUUUUUCCUUUAGUUUUCUACCAAUUUUUCUAAACAAUAGUUAUUUGUAAACAUCAACAAUUCCCAACGUUAAGAAGAUUGGCCAAUAAAUAAGGACUUGCGCGUUAAAUUCUUACUAAAUUGCAACUAUUCCCAUGGAGGAAUUUAAAACUAUUACACCCACCACUUCGGUGGUGAAGAUAUCAUCAUGUUUGGAAAAAAUCUUUAAGAAAAUUGUUGAAAGCCGUGAAAAGAAAAUUGCUGAACAUAAUAUUAAGGAAAUUGAAUUUUUGAAAUCACAGUGUAAAGCUGAAAAUGUACAAUUGGGUCUUAUGAGCUGUCAGACAUUUGUGCGUUUGGUGGAGCAAGGCACUUUGGAGCCUGCUAGUGUUUUAACAAUGCUAAUAUCCAUGUUGCCAAAUUCCAAUCCUGUUCAAUAUACCACCAUAACUGAAGGCAUUGUUAGCCUCUUAUUGCUAAGUUUGAAGAGAAAGGCAGCUUUAUUAAAAGAUAAUGAAAAAUUUCAAUCACAUUUUGGUCUCAAGACUCAACAACAUCCCAUGAUAACACUGCUGCAAAACUCCGUAGUAAAUAUGAAUGAUGUAGCGAAUAAAAUGAAUGGCAUCUGUAAUCAUCAUGAUAAACAAAUCAAAGAUCACAGUAUUGAGUAUCUGCGACCGGUAUAUCUUUAUAUACUUUGUAAUCCACAAACAUUACCAGAUUCAAAAACCAUCUGGACUGGUCUUUUAACAUUAAGUAAACAGAGUAAAGAGGCCAAGGAGUUAAUGCAGGAAAUUUUAUCAUGGAGUAAAAUUACCACUUCACAAAAUUGUCUCUUCACUAGUACUUUACUCAUAGAGGCCAUAGAACAUUUUCUAAAUCAAAAGGAUUUUAAACAAUCAAUUGAAUUGACGAUUUUUCAAAUAUUAGUCAUUAAUCAUUUGGUGAAAUUUGGCAUAGAUCCACGACCAAGUUUACACUGUAUUCUAAGAGUUCUACACUCGACAAAGGAUUACAAUAAAAGUCAUUAUAAUGUCAUGUUAAUAUUGCUAUCGGAAAGUUUACAUUUAUUAACACCCAGCUAUUUACCCGAUCUUAUGCGCAUUUUAUCAUUCAUAGUGGUUCAGGAAAACUGUGGGCAUCAAUACAUUCUGAACAUGUGUCUUGAUGGUAUCAUCCAGUGGAUGUCUCAGACUGCAUUUAUACCUGCAGAUGGUCUGGCCAUAGCCCAUCAAAUUGUACGCAAAAUAUUGGAAGUUGUUAAGGGAACGAUGAAAACGAAUGCUACGCAUACAAAAGAUUUCGAACCAAUUGGUUUGCGUAAUUUACAUCCCGAUAUAGCAUUGGCAUUUGAUUUAGCCAAACUAGUGGAAUCGUUUGAUGAUUCUGAAGUUAAGGAUGUUUUUACAUUUGUCGAUAUACUAAAUGUUAAGGCUAAUACCAUGUUUUGUCAACGUUUAAACUUAUUCCUAAGAGCAUUAUUUCUCUCACGAGAACCUUCGGUUGAUUGUUGGUUUAAAAUCUAUGAAGUUAUAUUGGAUAUAAUUAAAGUUAAUAAUAAUAUUGCUUAUGAUUUUCUAAUGACAUACAUUUUCAAAUUGGCUGGUGAGCAUAAUCCUGAAUUACAAAUGGAAUUGUUAAGAGGUUUACCAAACUUUGGUGUAUCGAAAGAUAACAUACCUAUGAUUUUAAAUACUAUACGUAAUUUAUGUGCUGAUAAUACAACAUUUUGCAUGGAUUUAUAUUUACGUUUGUGGCGCGUUGAAUCUCGUACAUAUCCUUUUCUAAUCAAAUUGUUAUCGCUGCCCUUUAAAGAAGGUACUGCCAAGAAAUGGGAAUAUGAAAUUGCUAAAACCUAUACCAUACGUGAAAUAUGUUAUGAAAAGCCUACACAACAUGGAUCCGAUCUUGUAUCACAUCUUUCCGAUACCCUUAACACCUGUACCGAUGAAUCCGGCGAUUUGGCAACAUCAUUAGCUCUGGACGCAAUUGUGGCUUUAUGCGACAGUCAUACGGUCAACAUCACAUCAACUUGGCGUGUAUUGAGUAAUAAAUUUCGUCAUGAAAAACGUCCACGUGCCUUAAAAUCCCUAUAUCGUUUCUUUGCUCAUGUUCCUCUACUACAAACACCCACACUCGAGUUUGAACAGUUAGUAGACGAAGCUUUAGAUCAACUAUGGACGACUAUAAGUCGUUCGGAUAUGGAUCCGGAAAUGAUACGCGAAGCAUUGUCUGCCCUUAAACAUUAUGAAAUUGGAACAUUAUUGACUUUAAAACAUAUACCACCACAAUUUAGACAAGAUUUACAUGUGGCCCGUGAAUACACUGGCCCAGAUGGUCGAGAGGUAGUGGAUUUGCAACAGGAAAUGAUACCCGGUGAGGUAUGGGUACAAUUAUUGCAGAAAAUAAGGCCGGAAUGUGGUUCAGCGGCGGCGGAUUUAAUAUCUCAUUAUAUUUAUGCUGAAAUUAAUGGUUUUCGUGGGGGGCUUUAUCGUUUACCCGAGGGCAGACCUGAACCCCGCAAACUACAAGGUCUUUAUCCUCAGAGUCCUCUAAGGGCUGUGAUAAGUUAUCUAGUGAAUCAAUCUCGCUAUGGUGAUCAUGUGGCCGAGCCAAUAGCUGUAACAAAUGCCUUGCGAGCCAUCUCCAAGAAAUUCCCCAAACCUAUACCACCUUUAGAUUGGAGUUUUCUGCAUAGUUUCUUCCAUUUAUCUUUCGACACCCGAAAGUAUUGCAUAUUAAUAGCCAAAAAUCAAUUGUUGCAUUCCGGUAUGGCACGUCGUUUAUUGGAGAAUUUUCUGGCGGAAUUCGAGCCAAAUUGUUUCGAAGAAGAUUUACUUUUGCUGUUCUCCUUGCUACCGGAAAUAUCGAAUGGUGUUAGCUUGACCAUAAUGAAAACGUUUGCUGAAAAAGUGGCGGUAUAUUGUUUCAAAGAAUCCCAAUUGGCUGGUUUCAAUGAGGGUUGCUUGUUCGAGAAAUUCAUGGAUAGUGUUAAGUUUAUAUUCACGGGUAAAUGUGAAGUGCCAGAAGUGUUGGACAUUUUUACAUUGAUUGUAGAACGUUAUAUGGAUUCUAUGGAUGUUGAUUCGAGGCUAUUCGAGCGUUAUACAGAAGUAGUAGCAGUUUUGCCACAAAAUGCCAUAGAAGGUUUAACAACACCGGCUAAUUGGUGGGAAACACCCAUAGGAAAACUUAAAAAAGCCACCAUUAUUAGAUCCUAUUUGGUUUUGUACAAUACCCAACUGAGCAAUCCUUUAAAAUGGUUCAAUCCCAUUAUAGACGCCUAUGCCACACGUAAAGAAGAGCAUUUAUUUUUCUUUAGACACUUAUCUUCCACCUUGUAUGCUUUCAAUAAUGAUGAACAAUCCUGUAAUUGGAUUAUGGAAAUGUUUAUACAAAUACAGGCUUUAUUGGCGGAAUCUUCGAAUAAGGAAAAAUUAGAUAGAGUUUUAUAUCUAUUGGAUAUAUUCAUAUUAUCUGUGGACGUUUUAUCGGGUUGUGCAAUAUUAUUGGGAAAUUUGGAUGCGGUGGCAACACAACGUUCCGAAAGAAAUCAAAUAUUUCCCGAAAGUUUACAAUUUCUAUGUGAUCAUGUCUUUUGGAAGGAUCAAGAGGCAAAGAUCUAUGAGUUUCUUUAUAAUCUUUAUAAAAAUCCCGCCAUACCCGAGGAAUAUUGCUGCAUUUUUAAAGAUUCUAUUGUUUGUUCGCGUAAUAAAACCUAUUUUGAUUCUAAAGGCAUUUGGACGAAAUAUGUGGGUAUGCGCAAAUGAGAGAGUGCAUAAUGUUAACAAUUUGUUUUUAAUAAAAGGAACAUUUUUGUUAUUUUUUGCUUUAUUUGGAAACUGCCAUUUUUUUGUGUUUUUCUUCUUUUACUUAAGCAGAGACUUGUAAUAACUAAAAGUAGAAUUAAUAAAAAAUAUGAUUUUAUAUUGA